CAGCCUCCAGGAAGGCUUCCAGGAAGUAGCUGCUGCUGCUGCAGAACUUGGAAGGGAGUGAGGGCAGAAGGCGGAGUGAGGUUGCAAAGGUGAAGGAAGGCUAUGCAAAUUAUGUUGGGUGCCUUCUUGCUUAGUGUGACUGGACUCUAAUGUUAGGCAGAGAAGAAAGAAAGAGAGACAUUGAUAAGCGAGAGGAAAGAACCAUUAAGGUGACACAUUCUCUCCUUGAGAACCAUGUGGAAUCCCAAUGCAGGCCAGCCAGGCGCCUACCCAGGAGCUGCCUACCCUCCCAACCCUUCUUAUCCAGCGGGCUUCAACCCUGCCCACCCCCCUCCUGUGAAUCCUGCCUUUCCCCCAGGUCCAGUACCUGUUGGCCCAUAUCCUGGGCCCCCAGCAGGGAUCCCUGGGCAACCUGCAUACCCACCAGGUCAUUCUAUCCUGCCCCCGUACGCUGGACAUCAACCUGGUUACCCUGUCCCCCCUGGCGGUCCUUACCCCCCACCUGCCCCGGGUAUGCCUGGAGGGAUGGGGGUGAAUCCUUUGCUGCCCGGGGCUGUUGCCAUGGGGACCCAUGGGAUGGAUAAGAAGGCAGCGAAGAAGAUGAAGAAGAAGAUGAAGAAGGCGCACAAGAUGAACAAGCCACACAAGCACCACAAGAUGCAUGGGAAGCACUCCUCCUCCUCUUCCAGCAGCAGCGACUCCGACUGAGGCCUGUUCCUACUUCCCAGACGUAUCCUCUUCCCGCAAACGCUGACCCUUGCGCCAGUCUUCCUGCUUCCAGCAAGCGCUGAUCUACUUAACUGUCACCGGAUAACAAUGAGGGCUGCUUGUGGGUCACCCAUUAUUUACAGGGUUUGGCCAAAGUUUAUCCCAACGGCAUGCGCAAGCUCCUGCAAAGUCUGAUGGGAGCUCUGGUGCUGAUGAUUUAAGCAGGGUUGGUGGGAUCAGCAAAUGAGUUUUAAGAAAGUCAGAAUGUGAGGCCACCAAUUGGCUUAAGUAAAGUUCAUCUGCAAA